AUGAAUUUUCAUCCGAAUUCCCAAGGCCAGGAGGAGUUGUCGGGUAAACUUGUAAGCACCACAAGCUAUCACGAUUUGGCAUCCUCCCUCUGCGGAUCUGCGGGGUCAGCCUCUGUACCACGAAAAUCGUCGGGAUGUGACAACAUGACGAGCGCCUCGGCGCACGCUCCGUGCACUCAAGGAAGUGUCGUGUCCAACUACUCAGGAAAGGGGAUCGCCACAGCGCAGUCCAAGAGUGGCGGGAUGAGCAAGAUGGCGCAGGAGGAUGGUCGUCGGCAGGUGGAUUUGGAGGUUCUGCCUCUAGAGGUCACAAAGGAUUCAGACAUCCAGUGUUCAAGGAAGCCUUCUCUGUACCUCGUGUUCACGCUGCUCGGCUGCAACUCCCUCAUUUGCUGGAACUUCGUGAUUCAGACAUUGCCAUUCAUCUUGCUGCAAAAACUCAACAGGCCCGGACUGAACAACCUCUUCCUUGGUAUUUUUCAAGUGGCAAACCUCGUAGUGCAGAUAGUGCUGAUGAGGCUGUCAAAGCCCCGACCCUCGCUCGUGGUAUGGGGAUCCGUCGGAAGUGGCACGCUCGGACUAAUGCUGGCUGCAGCAGUUGCACUAAUGCCGCAUAAGGACUUGGGAAUCAUCCAAGACAUGGAUGCGCAUCUCCGCGAUCAAAGCGCCUCUCGGACUGUGGCGCCAUUAGACUACGCUCAGCAGUGCUUGCUUGGGGUGAUGCUGCUCUUGAGCGUCCUCAUGGGCUUCUGCCAGGGACUAAUUCAGGGCGUUGGCUACACCUUAUCGUGCCAAAUCGCACCAGGCUAUGUGGCCUCUGUUUCUCUAGGUGUUGCUUACACGUUUGCAUUCUAUUUCCUAUUCCGAGCGAGGCAUCCCGACGUGGCAGAGAGCCUGGCCCGCGUCAAGCAUAUUCAGCAGGAGCCGGCGGAAGCGUCCAGCAAGCGGCUGGAUUCGCCCCUCACCGAGUCGAAGGAAAGAACUUGGGGAUUCCAGCUUUGGGGCCGUAAGGUGUCUCGACAGCAGAGCGGGGACCCUAACGGGAGGCCGAACCGCAUGCUAUGGAUGCGUGUGGCGAUGGCUAGCUGGAAAGAACUCCUCCUCGCCGUGUUUCAUUUCAGUUAUACGUAUCAUCUGUACCCCAGUGUAGGCCCGUUGGGAUGGAACUAUUCGUGGACUUUCCCGAAUCAGAUUGUGGUGUUGUACGGCAUGUGGUUCCUGUUUGAAACGAUCGGAAGAGCCUCACCCGAUUUAGGAUGGAUUAAGGGUCUUGGCUGGCUGAGACCGUCCCGCAAGGCGUAUGCUCCAAUCAGCCUGAGUACCUUGGUGUUCUUGGUGCCUUUCCUCUUGGGGUAUCUGUGCAAGCCCGGCAGCUUUUUCACUGAUCCGAUAUGGUAUGUGUUCGUGAUCGUUGGUUUUGCCUUUUGCCAUGGGUGGAUCGGCACGCUUGCCUUUUUCUACGCCUGCAAUGCUGUUGAUGAUCCAAGGGAGCGCAUGGUCGCGGGGCCGCUCACCGUCUUGUCCGUCGGGUUCGGCUGCGUCGUUGGAUUCCUAACGUCCCUUGCUUACUGA